AGAAAAAGGUAAUGCAACUCAGUUAAAACAGAAAAAAAAAUAUAUAAAUGAAAAACAAAAUAAGUAGAAAAAACUAUCUUGAAUUCUUUUUAUUAAAUAUGAUUAAUUUUAGGUAAUAUUAUUUAUUAAGAUCGUAGCAUGAACCGAGGAUUUUCUGGUAAAAUAAAAUAAAAAAAUUCGUUCAGACACCAUAUUAUAUAAGCCUGCCCAAACGAAGUCCGGGUUCCAGACCCGAACCCGAUGAUGUGAUUGAACAUCUACUACUCACAAAUUUAAAUAUCCUCAUUUCCCCCCAGUUCCCCCUUCCCAAAUCCGACCAAUCCCUAAUUCCCCAAAUUCCAUCCCAUUAGAUCAAUGACCGCUCACCCACCCAAACCCACGAAACAAUCCCUCAGAUCCUCUAAAAGGCAAUGGUCAAUCUCCGAUUUCGACAUCGGCAAACCCCUCGGCAAAGGGAAAUUCGGCCGAGUCUAUCUCGCCCGCGAAAUCAAGGUGAUAUUCAAGGAGCAAAUAGAGAAGUACAGACUGCACCACCAGUUGCGGAGGGAAAUGGAGAUCCAAACGGGCCUCAGACACCCGAAUGUUUUGAGGCUCUAUGGAUGGUUUCAUGACGCUGAGCGGAUAUUCUUGAUCUUGGAGUACGCUCAUGGCGGUGAGCUCUACAGACAACUCCGUAAAUUGGGACACCUCUCCGAAAGACAAGCAGCCACAUACAUAGCGAGUCUCACCCAGGCUCUGGCAUAUUGUCAUGAAAAGGAUGUGAUUCAUAGAGACAUCAAGCCAGAAAAUCUGUUGCUUGAUCAUGAGGGUCGCCUCAAAAUUGCGGACUUUGGUUGGUCCGUACAAUCCAGAAGCAAAAGACACACAAUGUGUGGAACUUUGGACUAUUUAGCACCAGAAAUGGUGGAGAACAAGGCCCACGACUAUGCAGUGGAUAACUGGACUUUGGGUGUUCUCUGCUAUGAGUUUCUAUAUGGUGUCCCUCCGUUUGAGGCUGAAAGCCAAAAAGACACAUUUAGAAGGAUUAUGAAGGUUGACCUAAGUUUUCCUUCCACCCCUGAUGUGUCUGCAGAAGCUAAAAAUCUCAUUACCCGGCUUCUAGUAAAGGAUUCAUCAAAAAGGCUCUCUCUUCCCAAGAUCCUGGAACAUCCUUGGAUAGUUAAGAAUGCUGAUCCCAUGGGCAUCUGCCCAAAAUAGUGUGAGCCUUCGUAUAUCUAGUUAAAUUCCUAGGACUUGCAGUAUUUUAGGUCUGAUAAGUGAAUUUGCGUUAAAAAUUGACAUCUCUGUAUUUCAUCUUAACAGCACUGUAUUCAUAGAAUGUAAUGACAGAGAUCAGAAAGCAUUACUCUCUAAAUGUUGUCUGGAAUCAUCUACUUGCAGCUGUUCUUUGAUAUUCUUCUCCUCAGUCUGCUAACAGAUUGUAAUGCACUCUUGCAAGCUUGUAAAUUUGAUUUGUAGAUCUUGCUUUCUGUGUGAGAAUAUAAUUGUGUACUCAUCUAAGGCAUCCGCUUAUAAUUAAGAAAUCUGUGUCUUGCUACAAUUU